CCACCUUGCUCUCGAGCCUCAGUCCUUGGCUUUCGAGCCUCGGCUUUGUCUGGGGACAGCUCUAGCCUUUUGGGGGGGUUUUGAUCUUCUAACCCUGCUUGCCUUUUCCCAAGACACAGCAUUUCAGGGAAGCUGCCCAACUCUGACCCUCGGGGACCUAAUGCAUUUGGUCUUAGCUGUAUCCCCAUUGUUGGCGGGAGUGAUGGUGUUUGGUGUAAAUGGAGCAUAUUGUAACCAAGGAAAAGGCCGAAGAGCUGUGGUCCCAGGACAUUAUUUGUGAGCUUUGGAAGCCGGAAAAGGGCUCCAAAGGGUGCAGGUUGGGAGGCAGGAGGCGGCGGAUGAGCCCAGCGUACCUCCUUUCCUGAGUGUGUGUCUUGGAGGAGCCAAAGCGAGUGAUGCAUGGCUGGCUUCUCCUUCAGAUCAAUGAGCUCAGCCAGGUGCCCCCUCCAGUGAUGCUGUUGCCAGAUGACUUUAAGGCUAGUUCCAAGAUCAAGGUCAACAAUCACCUCUUCCACAGAGAAAAUCUUCCCAGUCAUUUCAAGUUCAAGGAAUAUUGUCCCCAGGUCUUCAGGAACCUCCGUGAUCGAUUCGGCAUUGACGAUCAGGAUUACUUGGUAUCCCUUACUCGAAGCCCCCCAAGCGAAACUGAAGGCAGCGAUGGUCGGUUUCUCAUCUCCUAUGAUCGAACUCUUGUUAUCAAAGAGGUGUCCAGUGAGGACAUUGCCGACAUGCAUAGCAACCUCUCCAACUAUCACCAGUAUAUAGUCAAGUGUCAUGGCAACACGCUUCUGCCCCAGUUCCUGGGCAUGUACCGAGUCAGCGUAGAAAACGAAGACAGUUACAUGCUUGUCAUGCGAAAUAUGUUUAGUCAUCGUCUUCCUGUGCAUAGGAAGUAUGACCUCAAGGGCUCUCUCGUGUCCCGGGAAGCCAGUGAUAAGGAAAAGGUUAAAGAGCUGCCGACACUUAAGGAUAUGGACUUCCUCAACAAGAACCAGAAAGUGUAUAUUGGUGAGGAAGAGAAGAAAGUAUUUCUGGAGAAGCUGAAGCGAGAUGUGGAGUUCCUAGUGCAGCUGAAGAUCAUGGACUACAGCCUUCUGCUGGGCAUCCACGACAUCAUCCGGGGCUCUGAGCCGGAGGAAGAGGGGCCCGUACGGGAGGACGAGUCAGAGUGGGAUGGGGACUGUAACCUGGCCGGACCUCCUGCUCUGGUGGGCUCCUAUGGCACCUCCCCUGAGGGCAUUGGAGGCUACAUUCAUUCCCACCGGCCCCUGGGCCCAGGAGAGUUUGAGUCCUUCAUCGAUGUCUAUGCCAUCCGGAGUGCUGAGGGGGCCCCCCAGAAGGAGGUGUAUUUUAUGGGCCUCAUUGACAUUCUGACACAGUACGAUGCCAAGAAGAAAGCGGCUCAUGCAGCCAAAACCGUCAAGCAUGGGGCGGGAGCAGAGAUCUCAACUGUCCAUCCUGAGCAGUAUGCUAAGAGAUUCCUGGAUUUCAUUGCCAACAUCUUUGCCUAAGAGGCUGCCUGACUCCCUGGUGAUUGCCGCUUUAUGUUGAAGGUGGUGGUUCUGAAAGUCUUAGGGGAACUGGAUGUGGCCACUACUUCUCUUCCUUGCUAAAUUCAGGCUGCAGGCUCCUUCCAUCCAGAUCAUUCCAUCUUGGUGGUUAGGCUUUUCCUGCCCAAGAAACACACUAUCCUUUCUCCCCACAUCCGUUUUUCUGCCCGUUCUCCCCGCUCCCAGUAAGCCCUCUUGUUUCAUUAGAGUGCUGUUGUUGACUCCCAAGUGCCUUGAUCUUUGAAAAAUACCUUGUUUCUAUGAAAUAAGAGGAGCUGGGGGUAGGGGUUGCUUGCCAUCUUCGGGACCUGACGUGGUUCAAGCAGCUACCUUGGAUGCACUUUGCUGUAUGGAAGAAACAGUGUCUGGAUUUCACUGAUACCUUUGUAGGGCUCUUUGUGGCAGUCUUUUCUUCCUGAAGGCCCUGGAAUGGAGGGCCUCUCAGGAGACUCUAGUGUGGGUGCAGGCAUUCAUGCAUGGACAGUCAGCGGGCUGGCACCUCACAGAGGCAGGACCCAAGCGGACUUUUGUGACUAUGCAGAGAAUGGAGAAGGUCCCUGUCAAACAUUGACUGUUGUCCAUUCUCUUCCUCCACCCACCCCACCCCACCCCACCCCACCCCACCCUGAUACGUAGCCAUGAGUACUUCUGGAUCAGGAACCCCAACACAGCUAGAACUGUCCAAGCCUAGGGGCAGGUGUGAGGCCUCUGCUGCUGCACCUCUCCGGAACCCUUUAGCUGGGGAAGGGAGGGGAGCAAUGGAGCCUGGAAGGACAGGUCGGAGUGCAAGGUUCAUUCCCUGUGUGAAAUUUCCUGUCUUCCUAUCCAGUAAAGCCCAAGGUCCCUUUCUAGCCAAGGGAAGAGCUCCAUGUGUCUCAGUUUCCAUAACUUCAAGAGGAUAGAGGCCUUGAGUGUGGGAACGUCCCCCCAGAACACAGCCUCCCCCUCUUCUCAAACACUUUUUCUAGUUGGAUUUGUUAUUCUGUUCCCUUCUGUCCCAUCUUUCACUGCUAAUGUGUCUCCCAGGGGACAGAUGGCCUUCUCUGUCAUCUUCACUUCCCACCCCCAGAGAGGAGUCAGAGCCAUAACUCACUCACCCAGUCCCUUCCAAAGAUAGCCGAGUUCAUGCGUGAUACCCUUAGAAUGUAGAGGAACUUGCACAGCAGCUAAUGCCUGUAAAACCCAGUACUCAAGGAGUCUGCAGCAGAGUCAGUGACAGUUCAAGGCCAGCUUGAACAGCCUGGGCUGCAGAGUAAGACAUGGUCUCAGGAAAACUCAAAGAAGGUAUGGGUUUGAGCACUGGAGAUGAUAGCUCAGUUGAUAGAGUGCUUGCCUAGCAUGUACAAAGCUCUGGGUUCCAUCCCAUCGCCAUCCAAACCAGGUGUGGUGGUCACACCUAUAAUCCCAGCACUUGGGAAAGGAAGGCAAAGGGGGAUCAGGUAUUCAAGGUCACCCUCAGUUCCAUAGCAAGUUUGAGGCCAGCCAAGGACACUUGAGCCUAUCUGGGAAAACAAGAUUCUACUGUGAGAUAGACAGUCUUGUCUCUGCCCAGAGCCUUUGGAACCAAGACGGGCAUUGUUGGUGUUCUGUUCCCCUUUAGACCUCCAUGCCCUGGGGGUGGGGGGUGGGCAGUGAGGGCACAAAGCUGCUUUGCUGUGUGACUUGCCUGACCAGUCACUCUCAUAAAAAGCCACGAGGUCCUGGGGAGAAGCCCCCCUCUCACAUUUACACCAAAGGAAGUGGCAAAAGGCAGGCCCAGCUGAGGUGGGAGGGGCCUGCCCGCUGGGCCUCUUCUGUCCCACAGUCCCCCUUUCCCCUGUUGAUGCAAUAAAGUCCCAUGGCACCAGCAGCAGUUCCUUAGAACUGGAUUCUCCAACCCCGAGGUUGUGUAUUAUGGGCAGUACGGUCAUCUUCAUUUAUUGCUUCUGUUUUCCUUCAUUUUUGUUUUAUUAAUAAAAUCUGUACUUACUCCCAAUAUCACAAUAAAAUAAAUUAUUCGGUCCAAA